AUGGCCACUCUUCGUGUUCUUUCCUUCGACACUGAGGGCCGCCCGGUAGAGUUCGACGCCGGGCUAGAUGACCUGCAGCUCUACCUCAUUAGCAUCAGCAAAGACGAGAUCUCCCUCUUUGACCACACCUCCGGUGCCCUAGCCGCUCCUGCUGACACAGCUGCCCUUAGCGAGCGCUCUCAGUGGCUGACAUGCGAUGAUGCUACCCGCCUUGCUAUUCGCAACCACCUGCCGCUAGCGGAACUCAAACACUUUGGCGAGCACAAAACUGCUAAGGCCCUGUACGACGCUGUAGUCGCUCGCUACUCCUCCCCUGCCACUGCUGCGCUCAGCCAUCUCAUGCUGCCGUACCUGUUCCCCGAGCUGUCGAGCUUUGCCACUGUAGCUGACCUCAUCACCCACCUUUGCUCUAGUGACACUCGUAUCCGUGCCACACUCUGCAAGGAUUUUGUUGCCCAGCACCCCCCUCCGAUGUACUGGACGCUCCACUUUAUAGUGACCCGCCUCCCAGACACCCUUCGCUCAGUCAGGGACCACUUCCUAGCGCACUGUCCCUCUGACCUCACCAUAGACCUCCUAGAGGAGCACCUCUUAGCCGCUGAGAGCAGCAUUGUGAGUGUGGCUGCUGCUCGUGGCGCUCCUCGCACCCCCAUCUUUGAGGGGUGCGCUUCUUCCCCUCUUGCCCCCUCCUACGCCACUGCUGCCGUCGUAGACUUCCUUGGAGCCGACUCGGUUGGUGCUGCCUCCACUUCUACCGGGCGGCGCCGCAACGGCAAGGGCAAGGGGGGCAAGGGCGGUGGUGGUAGUGGCGGCGGAGGAGGAGGUGGAGGAGGUGGGGGUGGCGGUGGGAGUGGAGGCAGUGGCGGCGGGGGUGCUGGUGGGAGUGGCAGCGGCGGUGGUGGAGGUGGUGGUGGCGGCGGCGGCGGUGGGAGUGGCGGUGGUGGCGGUAGCGGCAGUGGUGGAGGCAGUGGAGGUGGUGGCGGUCGUGGUGGAGGCGCUGGUACCGCGUCUGUUGCCUUAGGUGCUUCCAGGUGUUUCUUCCGUGACAACACAGCCCUCACACCGCUCCUUGCACCAGUUGCAGUCUCCCUGGCUGACCCUUCAGGGGGUCCAGUCCUUGCACGGUCUACCACUGUGCUUCCUUGCCCAGCGGUCCUGUCUGGUUCGCUGUCAGGUCUCCACCUCCCCUCGUUCUCUACGAACUUGGUGAGCAACGCUGUCCUUCAGGACCACUGGGUUGAUACCUUCACCCCUGGAGGACAGCGUGUGGCGAUCUGUACGUGCUCCAAGACUGGGCGAGACCUGGCCAUGUUCAUGUGUGCGCCAGGGUCGAGCCUUUACACACUGACCACUGUGUCUCCCCAGGUCGCUGCUGUCGAGACAUGCACCGUCGCGUCCUUGUGUCCGGUCUUCCUCGGACCCUGCCUCCCCUCCUUGCUUUGCCUGCCCCUGCCUGCCUUCCUUGCGUCGAGGGGCGGUAGCACGCCGCUCCUCACUCCUCCUCGUUUCCUCCGACAGAGGCUCCGCUGCAGACUCUCCACAUGGACGUGUGGGGUCCCCGCCCGCGUCAGCGGACGGGGUGGAGAGCGGUACUUCUUGCUGGUAGUUGACGACUUCUCGCGUUACACCACGGUCUUCCCCUUGCGCACCAAGGGUGAGGCCCGUGCUGUCCUGAUCCCUUGGAUCCGAGCGGUUCGUCUACAGCUACGUAGGAGGUUUCAGACCGACCUCCCUGUUCUGCGUCUGCACUCUGAGAGGGGCGGAGAGUUCGCCUCCGACCUCUUGCACAGCUUCUGUCAGGAGGAGGGCAUCACCCAGUCUUACACGCUUCCGAGCUCACUGCAGCAAAAUGGGGUUGCUGAGCGCCACAUUGGCAUGGUCAUGGAGAUCGCUCGUACCUCCUUGAUCCAUGUGGCGGCUCCCCAUUUUCUGUGGCCGUUUGCGGUCCGGUACGCCGCACAACAGCUCAACCUCUGGCCCCGUGUCUCAGUUCCAGAGACCUCGCCCACACUGAGGUGGACGGGGGAGGUUGGUGAUGCGUCGGUGUUCCGGGUCUGGGGUGCCCGUGCUCUUGUUCGCGAUACGUCCGCGGACAAGCUCUCCUCCCGCACCCUUCCCUGUGUCUUCCUCGGCUUUCUGACUGACGCGCCUGGCUGGCAGUUUUACCACCCCGCCUCGCGCACUGUCCUGUCUUCUCAAGACGUCACCUUUGACGAGUCAGUCCCUUUCUACCGCCUCUUUCCCUACCACACUGCCCCUCUCCCUCCCCCGCCGCUCUUCCUCGCUCCAGGUCCCCCUCCGGUAGACCCCCUCCCCCCCCAAGGUCCUGCUCCUUCAGGUGUGUCUCAGGUAUACCCACCUCCCUUAGCUGAGCUUGACGAGGUCACUAGCGACUCAGGUGCUGCUGAGGGUGGUACUGCUCGAGGUGCUGCGUCUGGAGGUGCUGAGCCACGGCGUGAGGUACUGGAGAGUGCGGAGCCUGGGGGUGCUGAGCCGGUGCGUGAGGUGCUGGAGAGUGCGGAGCCUGGGGGUGCCGAGCCGGAGCGUGAGGUGCUGGAGAGUGCGGAGCCUAGGGGUUCUGUGUCGGUGCGUGAGGUCCUGGAGGGUGCAGAGCCUGGGCGCACUGCGCUGGAGGGUGCUGGACCGGUUUCUCGCCGGCCCCUUACACCAGAGGAGCUGCGAGAGUGGUUUGCAGUUUGUCAGCGACUGUGGAGGCGUCCUGGAGUUCGCGGUUCUGCAGCUAGAGCUGGCGACCCUCGUGCUGCUAACACCACAGGCCCUGGAGGUGCUCGUAUUGGAGGUACUAGAGCUGCCGGGGCCGGUGGUGGUGGAGGAGGUCCUGCUGUAGGCUCUGGUACUGGAGGUACCGGGUCUGGGGGUGGGACUGCUGGAGGUACUGGAGCUAGAGACUCUGGAGCUGCUGGUUCUAGUUCUGGGGGUGCUGCUGGUGGUGCUGCUGGUGUUGGACCUGCUGACGGUGCUGCUGGAGCUGCCGGUGGAGCUGGUGGAGCUGGUGGAGCUGGUGGUGGUGCUGCUGUUGGUACUAUUGGUGCUGGGACUGCUGGAGGUGCUGUUGGAGCUGUCGGUGGAGCUGGUGGAGCUGGUGGAGCCGCCGGUGCUGGAGCUGCUGGAGGUGCUGCUGGAGCUGCCGGAAGAGCUGGUGGAGCUGCUGGUGCUGCUGGUGGUGCUGCUGGUGGAGCCGCUGGUGCUGGAGCUGCUGAAGGUACUACUCGAGCUGCUGGUGGAGCUGCUGGAGCUGCUGUUGGUGCUCCUGCUGGUUCUCAGGGUGCUGAGCGGCCGCGGCCGUACUUCGUUCCGCUCCUUGAGCAGGUUCUUGGUCUCCCGUCUUCUCCUAGUCCACCCCCUUCCUUAGAGUGUUCACCGCCUGUCCUGUCGCAGUCACAGCUACAGCCCACCUCCCCACUGCCUGCUCUGCCUCCUUACGCUGGUCCGACAGGAGGUCUUGCUGAGCGUCGUGAGCCUACUGACAAAAUUAGAAGAAAGAAAGAGGGUUGA